GCUAGCUAAUUUCCGUUUUCAGAAGCUCGUUAGACUAAUUUAGCUAGCUAGAGAGCUAUUUAGCUUUUUAUUGAAUUGAUUUCUGGCAAUACAUAUUACACAAUGCAGAAUAAGAAGACGAAAGUAGCCUCAAAAGCGAAAGUGGGCAAGGUAGGGUCGAAGAAUAAAGAUGACGCCCCUCAUGAACUCGAAAGUCAGUUCGUCUUGCGACUCCCUUCGGAAUAUGCCUCCACAGUUCGAAGAAUCGCGCAGUCUGGCAGCGUGAACGUCAAGGACCGACUCACCGUAGAGCUGCACGCUGAUGGUCGCCAUGGGAUUGUGAGGGUGGACCGUGUCCCUUUAGCCUGCAAACUGGUCGAUUUGCCCUGCAUUCUGGAGUCCUUGAAAACAGUGGACAAGAAAACAUUUUACAAGACCGCUGACGUUUGCCAGAUGUUGGUUUGCACCGUAGACGGAGACCUCUACCCACCUUUAGAAGAGCCCACAGGCACCACAGACCCCAAGAGCAAGAAGAAGGACAAGGACAAAGACAAGAAGUUUGUCUGGAACCACGGCAUCACCUGCCCUUUAAAGAACACCAGGAAGAGAAGAUUCAGGAAGACGGCGAAGAAGAAGUACAUCGAGUCCCCUGAUGUGGAGAAGGAGGUGAAGAGGUUGCUGAGCACCGAUGCAGAGGCUGUCAGUGUCCGGUGGGAGGUGAUCGCGGAGGACGAGACCAAGGAGGCAGAUAACCAUGGAUCUCUGGCCAACCUGGACUCCUCCCCCGGGACCUCAGGCCACAAGAUGGGCCACGGAUCCUCAGCCCAACGCGACGAGCUGCGCGAGAUCUUCAACGACAUCAGUAGCAGCAGCGAGGACGAGGAGGAUGAGGGCGACCGCCACGAGGACGAAGACCUCAACAUCAUGGACACGGAGGAGGACCUGGAGCGCCAGCUGCAGGAGAAGCUCAACGAGUCGGACGGCAUGCGGGACGAGAGCGACGGCAACAGCCAGAUCGUGAUGGAGUUCCAGGUGCAGAUCAAUAAUGUGAAGGCCAAGCUGCAGGAGACCCGGGCCCGUAAGAAACAGCAGGAGGACCUGAUAAUGAAGGUGGAGAACCAGGCGCUGAAGAAUCGCUUCCAGGCAUUGCUGAGUGAAAUCAUCCGCCAGGAGGAGCGCGAGAUGGAGCAGCUGGCUUCCUUGCAAGAGCAGUUGGACUCGCUGAUUGAGAAGUGACCAGCAGAGGGCACUAAAGACAAGGCAUCAAACGGCAGCCUUGGUGAAAAGAUCAUAAAACCAUCAACACUGAAACCACAUGCAGAUUUUCCAUCAAGGGUCUUCCAUAGGGUGCAUGGUCUCCUAAAUGGACUCAAAUAAGCAACAUUUGUUUGUAUGAGCAUUUUGUUUCAUACAUUUAGAUUUUUAUAUUGUGUUAUUCGGUGUUUCGUUUGCAUUUAAAAACAUGUUGGUGAGCUUUUGGCAAGUGUGUGCUUCUUGCUUUUGUUAUCGUGCUUCUGUCUUACAUUAAAAUUAAACUCAAA